AUCAGCUUCACCGCACAUCCCCCGCGUCCGGCCACGGAGCAGAGCUGAACAUCGCCAGUCAUUUGUGAUUCAUCCUUCGAAAUGCUCUCAAGAGGAUGCUUGGUUUUAACGAUACUGGUGAGCUCAGCGCUUUCGCACCCAGUGCCGUCCGAGCGCCCGGACGAGGAGGAGGACUCCCAGCUGAUGAAGUGCAUCGUGGAGGUGCUCGCUGACACACUGACCAAACCCCACCAUGCAGAAAUCAGUCAGGAGUGCCUGGAUGUUCUCUCAGGAGAUGAAAGGAUUGCUUCGAUCCUCAACCACCAGAACCUCCUCAGAGAGUUGCAUGAGGUUGCUGUUCAAGGUUCCAGUGACAGGGCCCACCAUUCGCUGCAGAGUGGCGGGAAGGUGGAACACAGCCACCUGACGAAGAAACCCGGAAGCCACCCUGAAUCUAAUACCACUGCAGGAGAACCCAUGCUUGAAACCUCUGGACAGCAGACCGUGGGGAUGACAGGGAAUACUUUGGUUGGGACCAGCAGGCUGGACCAGGAGAAGCAAGAGGGAGAAGUAGACUCAGAGAAGGACAGCAAGGAAGACUACAGGGAAGGGAAACCACUGGUAGUGGAUGCCAACAUACAUUUUGACAAGAAGGAGGCCAAGGAAAACAAUCAUCUGAAUGAUUCAGAAGAAAAAGAAUACGGUACCCAUGUAUAUAAAGGGAGCGAAGCUGGUCCAGGAAUGCAAGACACAGAAAAGUCUGCUGAGGGAGAGGAGGAGCCAGGAGAAAAACAGGGUGGAGAAAUAGUGGGAGAAAAGUCAGAGGAGGAGGAAGAACUGAGAGCAGGAGAGAAAGAUCUACAAAGCAGGAAAAACAAGGAUGUCCACUCAAAGGACACAGAGGUGCAGAGGAGACCUGAGGCACAGGGGCGCCAUCUUGUGACCCAAGAUGAAAGUGAGGAGGGCAGUGCCAGCAGCAGGCCAGAGGACAAUGAGAUUGAGCGGCUGGCAGCCAUUGAAUCAGAGCUGGGAAACUUGGCCUGGAGGCUCCACCAGCUCAGGAGGAGCUGAGAGCAGACAUGGUCUACAGCUGCACCACCUCCAGCCACACGGGUGCAGUGCAGAAGGGGCUGCCCUCCAGCGCUCCUCCUGGCUGCCAGUGGACUGUGACCCACUGACUACAUGUUCAAAUGAGUGACUCCCUCCGGAAUUCCUACAGUACCCUGCUGUGUUCUUCCUUCAUUAGGCUCCCUUGCUUGUUCAACAUUAGCAUAGUGGCGUAAACACUAAUGAACAAUAACAGUAAUUAUCAUUCUAAAAAUGGCAACUAGUAGUAAUCAGUUAUUGGGGGUGGUCAUUGUAUUGGUAAAAACAAAUUUCACAAUGCUGUACUUAUGUAAUGUACUUAGAACCUUUGCUCAGAGGAAAACAAUGCUAUUCAUAACUAAUUUUAAUAGUUCAAUGGCUGACAGUAAUAUCCCAUGAAAUUUACCUAAAAACCAAUAAACUGGAUGGUUAUAAUCUGAUAGUAAAUCAUUGGGUGUUAAUGUCUAUUGGUUAAGUAACUUUCAAAAUGUAAUAAGAUUUAAAAUUUCUGAAAAUUUUAAGAAUAAGCGAAACAAAUGGAUUGGCAGCUCGCCGUUUCAGAAAUGAAGGAAACAAGAUGAGGCCACACACAGCUGAGUGAUACAAAGUGAAUAGUGUAACUCAAAAGAUAAACGUGCUGUAAAUGCACACAUUCUGCAAAUAAUGGGGAAAAUGUGUUAUAUGAAGUCACCGCUUCAUGUUACUUCCCA